AAUGUUUUAUUCAUUUCUUUACAAUGAGCAUUUACAAGCUCACAGAGCAACUAGAACAGCUGUGGACUCUUCAACUUGCAUUACUGUCAGUACAGUUACUGCAACUUCCAUGAAAAGACCAAAACAAACUGUAUUACUCCACUGACUGAGGCGCACAGCAACAAGCCCAUUUAAUCCUUAAAAAACAGGUCACAAAUAAGAAGUUUAAGUUUUUAAAAAGGAUUAGUAAAUUCCUAAAACAGCUGAGCACAGUAGUUUCUAACACAGUUUCAUAAAAAAAGAGUAAACAGUGCAUUUGUUGGGUACUAUUUUCAGCUGUGGAUUAACACACAUUUAGUGCUCUAGUGAGUAUUUCCAGCAGCAGCUUCAGUGUAUAAACUAAAGUGAUAAUGAAGGAACAUUUCGCCCAGUGCAAACGUGUUGUUAAUAGUACAGGACAACACUGGAGCUCUAUAACACAGAACAUUAAGAUACACGGUGGCUUUAGAUACACAGAUCAAAUAACAGUUGGUUUAUGUUGACAGCAAGAUAAAAAUAAGAAAGAAAAUAAAUAACAAUAUCAAAUAUCACCAGACUCAUACUUUAAGAAAUAGAUGACCAAACUCAGAAUGACAGACAUUCAGUUUUAAUUUAAAAGCCAUCAUGAGGAGGAGGGAGGGGAAUAUGGAGCAAUAGCUCACAUAAAAGGUGUGUGGCAGCUGAUGGACGAGGAACAUUUAAUCUUGCACUGUUUAUUUGUAAGAAAAGCUCAUAAAUAAACACUCAUGCAAACAAUUUUUUAUCAAAUAAUGGCAAAUGCUUCUUGUAGGAGUCCCUAUAUUUGACUUGAUCUACAGUUUAAAGAAUAAAAGACAUUUAAACAUUGUAAAACUUACUAUAAUAUAAUAGUAUAUACAGUAACAGAGAAAUCACAGAUGAAAGCCGUGAGUUUGGAAUAGCUUUGUUCUUUUACAAGGACACUGCAGCAUCCCCUGAAUAAAAAUGUGAACAAAUCUGGCUGCAGCCCAGCACCAGGGUGUUUUAUCAGUCCCUUCACUUCAACCCAGCAAAUGACUGGAGAUACUGAAAGUCAUGACAGCUCCCUCACAAAGCCAGCGGACUGUCUGCUGUCAGGCUGAUGAAGAAAUACAAGGUCAUAAAAAAGUCUGGAGGAGAGUUUGGCUGUGAUUCAAAUUAUUUUUUUUUGGGGGGGGGAGGGUCCUUCUCUCUCUCUCUCUCUCUCUCUCUCUCUCUCCACAAAGAUACACACUGCACAGAAGAUACUGAAGGAAAGAAUGAUACCACUGUAGUCAUGCAAGUUAAAUUACACUUAUUUAUUUAUAUAUGUGAGUAGAUAAAUUAGGUUUACAACGAGGCCAUUUCGAAUUGUCUUCUGGUUUUCUUUACACCACAAUAAAUGAAUAUGUCUCUAUUUAAUAUCACAUAUUUUGUUGCUGAAGUAAAGUUAGUCUGGCCUUUCCUGAUGGUUCGUGGUUUUAGAUUCUUUCCUCUCCACUUUGGUCCCCUUUUUCUUCUGCUUACACAUUUAUUCUGAGUUUAAACACUCAACAGACAGCAUGCAAUCACUAAAACAAUAAUUUAUCAAGAUGCUUAAAGAGUUAAAUGACUUAUUUAACCUUUCUUUCUAACAAAUAGGAAGAAUUUGCUGUAUUGGCAACUGGAGAUGUUUGUCUUGGAAUAAAAUCUUACAAAAUAAGUGUCAUAUUUACAUUUUUAUACAAAAGAAAUAAUUUACAUGAAAUGUCUCUGAGGUGGUUUUACUUUAUGUGAUGUGCUUGAAGUAUGUUUCCUGGCACAUUUGUAUGUGUUUCUGAAAGCUGAUAUAAAGUUUCCUUAAAAAUGUUAGUGCCACAUUGAAUAAAACAUGAAACAUGAUUACAAACAGUAGAUAUUUGACUAAAUUUAAUAAUUAUAUUUUUAUAUUUAUACCAAACAGAAAGAAUGUGUUGUAUUUUCUACUGAAGACGCCUCUUCGCAUUAAAUGUUUGGGCUCAUUUCCUCAUAUGGCCACUAGGGGGAGUACAAACCAAAACUACUUUAUGUAUGCUUGACAUUUCACAGACGAAGAAGAGAAACAGCUUUCCUUUGCUGCCAGGCCCAAAGUUGGUGUAAUUGUCACGCACAGUAGUUUUCUUGAUUGAAAUUAACUAAACAGAUGGCUCGGCAGGUCGUGUGGGGAGACAUGUACCCGUAAAAGCCCGCGGCAACUGAAUGAGACGUAAAUUAGUGACUACGCCUGCGCACACCUAUCAGAAUAUCGAGCCGCCCUUCCUCCCCGCCGCCAACUUGCACCGCAGGGUCGGGCGGACGUCGACUCACAACAACCCCGAGUUGAUUUGCUUCGCUAACUGAACACUUUACGAGUUAAAAUGGAGAGUCCUCAACGCGCCGAAAACGAUCAUCCCCUUCUGCUGCCGUCUCUGCGUCUCUUCAUACCCCCGCUGCGCCUGGCGUCUGCAGCCAUGUGGCAGGUGGUGCAGAGAGGAAAUGUGCACGACUAUGGGAUGGUGGAGGAGUUCAUCAGCACUGUGACAGAAAUUGUACCUGAACUACUGAAUGCAGAUCAGAAAGCUCAGCUCCUUCUGGGCCUCAGAGCACGGGUGGUUCUUGAGUUGUGUCAAGCCGAGCAGAUAACUGACAGAGAAACCAUCGAGCUGCACCUGGAACAGAUCAAAACCCUCGUAUCCACUUGGGCAGCGCAGCCAUGUUUUGCAGAGGUUGUGUUUCCAGAGUCGAACUUUGUGGAUCAGAUUGAAUUGUUGUUGAAAGACUCUGAAGAGAAGGAGAAGUUUUUCCAGGAUGUCUUCCCGACAGAUUUUGGGCCUGAAUACGACAGCGCUCUGCAGGUGCUAAUGCUUGAUUUCCUGUCCAGACUGGAGAAGCUUCUCCCAGUACCAGACAUCCAGCAGACGGCGUCCAUGCUCUGCGCUGUCCCAUCUGCCCUGGAGGAGUGUGUGCACUCGGUUCCUGACCUGCAGCAUCUGAAAGCUGUGCUCCUGUAUCACACAACACUUGGACAUUUCGAUUUAUCUGAUGAAACUCAAACCAUUCCGUCUUCUUUUGGGAAUUGCAUCCUCUCUUCAUUGUCCCUCCCUCAGCUGGAGAAGGUUGUGAUCGAUGCGGAUCAAAUACAGCUACAGCCUCCAUCAGAGCAGAUGCAGGGGUGUAUGACUGUCCAGGUGGAGGGUGAGACUGUGACUCUGUUGGACUACAUACAGAUUGAACAGCCGUUGGUUGAGCCUGACAUUCAGGAGGAAAAUGAAGUGAACGAGGAGGAGACAGCCGGAGAAGGGACAGACGAGGACGUUGGUGACGCCUUAAAGCCAGCAGCUUUUCAACCACUAAAACAAAGCAAGAGGCUGCAGCUAAAAAGAAAAGCUUUAAAAGAGAAUGACUCGUUGACAGCUAAGAGGCAAAGAAAGAAAUACCCCAACAAUAAGACGUGUCCUGUGUGCAAUAAGACAUUCCUUCGGGCUGCGGCCAUGAGACGACACCAGGAAAUUCAUUCUGAAAAUCGGGAUCUCAGGUACAAGUGCGCAAACUGUGACAAACGAUUCAGGGACCAUUACGACAUGAACCGACACAACAUGCGCGUUCAUGAAAAGGAAGAGCUGAGCAGCAACUCUAAAGAAGAAGACCCAGGGGAUCCCAGCACCUCUGACAUGAUGUCAGAAAACAAAAACUGCGGUCUGUGUGGGAAGUAUUUUGCCCGCCGAGUCGACAUGGAUCGCCACAUGAAGUCCCACUCAGAGGACCGACCGUAUAAAUGUUCUUUCUGUGAGAAGAAAUUCAAGAAUCCUUAUGUCUUAAAGAGACACCAGAAGGAGAUUUGUAAGAGCAGAGAGCUGAAAAAGCCAAAGAGGAAAGAGACACAGCGACCAAAUCCACAGCCGCCUUCAGAGGGGUCGACGGAGGGUAAAAUCUGCCCCAUCUGCAGCAGGAUCUUACCUUGCACCGCAGACAUCGCAAAGCAUUUACGGUCUCACUCGGAAGAGCGUCCUUUCAUUUGCGUCACUUGCGAGAAGGGUUUCAAGUACAAGGACACAUUGAAGAAGCAUCAGAUCAUUCACGGCCACGAGGGGAUCAGAGAGGAGCAGAGCAAGACAGUGGAACAGAUUUUGGCUGAAGCAGACACUCGCAAUUGUGACGACACUAGUAGCCUUGAUAAAAAAGAAAGUAAUCUGGAGGUGCCCGCGGACACAACCGAGGAGUCCCCGUCUGCACCUGUGCAAAAAGUCAACAAAAAAGCCCUGAAAGUGUGUCCUGUGUGUUCCAGGGCGUUCGACAGUGUCAAAACACUAAACAGGCACAUACAGUGUCACACGGACGAUCGGCCGUAUCAUUGCGUCCACUGCAAGAAGCGUUUUAAACACAUGCACGGGCUGAAGCGACACCAGAUUUACGCCAUCUGUCACAAGAAAAUCACACGGUUCUUGUGGAAAAAGGAGCCGAGGGCGGGGCCCAGCCAAAGCGAAAUGACCAGCGCCGACACCCAACAGGGGCAACCGCUGAAGAUACCCGUGUGGUGUUCAAACUGCGGCAAACACUUUGAAUACCUGUCGGCUUUGAAGGAGCACCAGGAGAACGUGUGCAAAGUGGACGUUAGGGAAAUCAUGAAAUGUGACAACUGUGGGAAAGAGUUCAAAAGCAUGACCAUGCUCAAAGUGCACCAGAGGAUCCACAACCCGCUUUACUGCAAAGAGUGCGGGAAGAUACUGGCGAACGAGGCCGCCUUCGAGAGGCACAAACUGAUGCACAGGCCGAUGCAGUGCACGAUGUGCGACAAGACUUUCACCUUGCUGAGACGCUUGAGGGAACACUACGACAAGCAGCACAACUUCACCGGCCCGUAUCCCUGCGCGCAAUGUGACAAGACCUUCAUCCAGCUGUCCUACCUCGCCAUCCACCAGAGAAUCCACAAAGGAGAGUUCCCUUACAUUUGUAACCUGUGUCCAGAGAAGUUCAGGUCGUCCAACUGUCUCACGGUUCACCUGAGGAAACACACAGGGGAGAAGCCCUUCCUGUGCUGGCAGUGUGGGAAGUGUUACCGCUCAGCCUCAGAGCUCACGGUCCACAUGGGAACCCACUCUGAGGAGAAACCCUGGGCGUGCACAGACUGCGACAUGACUUAUCGCACAAGGCUGCAGCUGACGAACCACAUCGAACAAAUCCACAUGGGCGUCCGGUAUCCCUGCAACAGCUGCGGGAAGCAGUUCAUGAAAGAGACGUCGCUGAAGAGGCACGAGCUCAUCCACACGGGCGAGAGGCCUCACCAGUGCACCGUGUGCGGGAAGACCUUCCUGACCGCCAACGAGCUCCGGCUGCACAACAGGUACCACACCGGCGAGCGGCCGUACAAGUGCGAGGUGUGCGGCAAAGCCUUCAUCCAGUCGGGAUAUUUGAAGUCACACAUGCGCAUCCACACGGGAGAGAAGCCGUUUAAAUGUGACAUAUGCGAUAAAGGCUUCAGGUUGUCGUAUCACAUGAAGAAACACAGGCGGACUCACGCCGGGAAGCCAAAGAGCUACAUAUGUGAGGAGUGUGGGUUAGCGUUCCUCCAGAAAAAAUCCCUCUGGGAACACUCGCUCACUCACGCCGUGAAAAUCGAACCUUCAUUCCCUGAUGAAGUGGAGGUCGUACUGCAGUAAAAAAUCCUUUUGUUUUAAUGCAGUUUGUUUUCUUUUAUACAAUGAUGAAGUUUUCUCAUGUGGUCACCAAAAAUACUCUUCAUUUCCUGGUUAUUAAUUUGUUAUUUGAUUUUGACCAAUCUGUAAGUUAUUUCUGUUCCCGUUGUCGCUUCACUGUUGAUUCACAUGUUCUGUGAGGCAUAUUGAUGAUCUAUAAGGCAUGUGUAUGAUUUCUGCUUACAAUGCUUUAUGAAAUAAAAUAAAAUCAUGAGUUCAAUUCUUGCACUCUUCGUUUUUAAGUGAAGCUUCUGUAAAGAUUGACAGAAGUUUUAAGUAACUUCUAGUUUCUCCAGUUUCAGAAUCUGAUUCUUCAUUUUAUAUUAAAUGAUUUUGGCUGCAAACUGUUGGUCGGACAAAACGACAUUUAAAGAUGUCACCCUGGGCUGUGGGAAAUUGUGAUGGAUGUUUUUGAUUGUUCUGUAAAAUCUUAGAUCAUUUGAUUCAGAGCUAAAACUAAAUUAUUUAUUAUUAUUGAAUAAUCUUAGAGACCAAGAUAACGUGUAAAUAUCUGGUUUUGUCCGAUUAACAGUAUAAAACCAAAGAUGUUUAAUUUACUGUCAGCAACUCAAAAGAUGAAUCAAAUGUUAAAAUUAAUCAAAUGUUAUUAAUAGUUACUGAUUAAUUUUCUUUUGAUCCACUAAUCGAUUUAUUGGCUAUGAAUCAACAGGUUAAUCAAUAGUGAAAAUAAUUGUUGGUAAUAAAAAGUAGAGUAACUAUUUCAAAAAUUGUUUGAGGUUGUAUUAAUGUGUUUAUCAAAGUACCAGUGUGUCCCAGUUGAACACUAUAUACUAACUGUAAACAGUAUACUAUAUGAUUUUUCUUGCAGUUAACACGUGAUUCAAUCAAAAUGUGACUCCAAAUUAAACUUCACAAACAGA